CAGGAAGUAUUUCUUGUUUUUGUUUUCCCGACUGAGACGUUUCGACGCAUCCCCGCGCUUCUUCAUCAACAUUCACCCACUUUCACUUUGCAUUCAAUAUGGGAUGCGAUGGGGGAACUAUUCCUAAAAGACACGAGUUGGUAAAAGGGCCCAAAAAAGUCGAAAAGGUUGACAAAAAUGCAGAAUUGGCUGCCAAGUGGAAAUAUUGUGCCCUAAGUCAGGAGAAACUCAGACGUCCAAUCGUUUCCUGUGAACUGGGAAGGCUUUAUAACAAAGAUGCUGUCAUUGAAUAUCUUCUGGAUAAGUCAGCUGAUAGACCAAAUGCUGAGGCGGUCACACAUAUCCGUGGAACUAAGGACAUAAAAGAACUGAACCUGACUGAUAACCCUGUAUGGGAGGGAGAAAGAAGGAACACCAAAGGAGACAGAUAUGAAGACAUCCAUUGUGGAAUGUUUAUUUGCCCUGUUGUCGGGUUAGAGAUGAACGGCAGGCACAGGUUCUGCUACCUGCAGAGCUGCGGUUGUGUCUUCUCAGACCGUGCCCUCAAGGAGGUCAAGACAGAAAUCUGCCACAAGUGUGGCGACCCCUUUCAAGAUUCAGAUGUUGUCGUGCUCAACGGCACUAAGGAAGAUGUGGAGAAGCUGAGGGAGAAGAUGGAGCAGAGACGAGUCAAAGCCAAAGCUAAGAAGUCAAAGAAGAGCAAAGCCGCUGAAAGUGUGUCCACCUCAUCAGAACCAAAAGAUGACACUCAAGUGAUGGUAGCACAAAACGGCGAGGGACAGAGCGGCAAUGAAAGCAGCCAAUCGGUUACCGAUGCGGCGGGACCCUCGGGCUCCUCCAAAGGCAGCAUGGCAUCGUCGUCGUCGUCCUUGUCCGCCUCCAAAAGGUCCAUCCAGGAAAUGGAGGAGAAGUCUGAGGCUUUCAAAUCUCUCUUCACCACCCACAGCUCUGCCAAGCGCACCAAAGAUCAGAUCUCCAACUGGGUCACCCACACGCCUUACCACUUCUAAUUCACCCACACACACACAUAACGUUCCCUUGCCACCCUUGUGUGUGUCCCUGUAGCUCCAUGUUUAGUUGAUGUGGUGAACCGUUUAAUGGCUCCCCGGGCUGCUCACGCUCUUGUUUUGCAUCAUCUCCCCACGGAUUCAACGCCCGUGCGCUCUCAGGUGAUCUUUUUUUCCGUCAUUUUUUUUUUCUUCCCUCCUAGACACCUGAGCGAUCCUUUUCACACAGGUCGGACCUGUCCUAUUUCAACGCCCACUUUAAAAUGCAUAGUCGUUUGUACUAGACAUGCAAUCAUUUAUUUUGCAUAAGUGGCAUGAGCAAAUCUCAGAAUAAAUCAGCAUGUAACAUCA